AUGGAAUCAAUGGAAUAUGAGCUCGCUAGAAACCUCACUCUAUUAUUCUUCGUGGAGCGCCUGCUCGAUAAAGGCGAGCCGAGAACGUUGCACGAUCUUUCCUGUCAGUUUGGUGCCAAGGGAUUUACUAAAGAGAUGCGCCAGAUCGCUGGUGGGUCACAGUCGGGAUUAAAGAAAUUCCUCACGCAAUACCCAGCGUUGUUCAGCAUAGACGGGGACUAUGUUGAUAUCAACACAUUUCAGAGGUGCCCCGCCGGUGCUGGUGCCUCCUCUAACAACGACUACAUCGAGGAAGCUAAAGAAUACUUCGCUGGCAAAAUGGUGCAGUAUGGCGAAGGAACCGAGGUGCCAAUUAAAAGUCUUUUGGGACACAGGAGCCAGGCCUCACCACAGGUACGACACAUCUCCGGCCAACGCAUUAAAGAGUUCAAAGAAUUCCUUAUGAAGCACCCCGACAUAUUUCAAAUAAUUGAUGAUAAUGUUGUUCUAGUCAGUGAUAAUCAUAGGAGAGAAAAUGCACAUAGUAACAAUGAACAGUUUCACAAUUUACCCGUUGCUAACAUAAACACAGAUACAGCACAACAAUUGUUAGACUAUGUAGCUCAAUGUAUUGAAGCUAAGGGGCCUGUUAUGGUGGAUCAGCUAUUUCAUUUGAUUGUGUCAAGAUUCCCUCAAGAGUACUGGUAUCAAAUGUUUAAAACUCCAGCAGAUUUGACUGCUUUCUUAAAAUUAUUCUCUGAUAGUUUCCAUGUACAAUCAAAUCUUGUCACAUUGAUAAGCAAACCAAAAAUACCUGUUAUGUAUCUCAAUGCAAAACCUAAAGUUAAGACUGAAACACCAAAGCCUGUUGAGGAAAAAGAACUACCACCCUCCCCACUUCCUCCAAUUGUACCUAGCCCUACUCCGUCAGAUGGUAAAAGAAGUCCUGCUAAUAGAAUACUCAGUCCUGUAGAAUCUCCCCGAGCUACCCAAGCAAAUAUUGCUAAUCAAACACUAAAGCAAAGGAUAAAUUCAAUUGUUAUUAAAAAUCUGGCUGAGAAUAUGGUCAGAGACAGGGUGAAUAAUCAUUUAAAUGCUCGGUGCUCAGAAGAAUUAAAUGGGGUUAAUGUGCGGAACAAUUUAGUGGGAGAAGCAUGGAGACAAAAGGUGCUACAAAGUACAACUGUAAUAGCAAGUGCUCGAGAAAGUGCUACAUUAAUAGAUAGUAUAAUGAAUGCAAAACGUACUGGAAAAAGUAUAGUUUCAUUUGAUUGUGAAGGAAUAAAUUUGGGUCUUAAAGGUGUUUUGACAUUAUGUCAAAUUGCUACUAUGAAUGGAGAAGUAUACAUUUUAGAUAUUUUGGCUUGUCCGAAUAUGGUAAUUGAAGGUAAAAUAAAGGACUUGUUAGAAAGUGAAAAUGUCAUUAAAAUUAUACAUGAUUGUAGGAAUGACUCAGUUAAUUUGCACAAUCAGUUUGAAAUUACUUUGAAGAAUGUAUUUGAUACACAAGCAGGUCAUGCAGUACUUCAGUUACAGCAUCAAAAUGUACCCGUUUACAAAGUAAAAAAUUUGAGUCUCAAUGCUCUUUGUGAGCUAUAUAACGCACCAAUGAAUCCAAUGAAGGAGCAAUUAAAAAAUGUUUACAGAAGAGACCAAAGAUAUUGGGCAAGGAGACCAUUAACGAAAGACAUGAUUAUCUAUGCCGCCUCUGAUGUUUUGUCUUUAGUAAAUCCUGCUAUUUACACCUUUAUGUCAAGCAAUAUUAAAUCUGAAAAUCAACAGUUAUUUGAGGAGUUAAGCAAUGAGCAAGUAUUUAUGCACAUUCAGCCAACAGAGGUAAAAUUACGCAAGAGACAAAGAAAAAUUAACACAGAAGUUGAAGAAUUAAAACAAAAGUUAGCUGAGACUACAAAAAAUAUUGUACUCAGCAACAGGGAAAUCCGAUUAUUAAGAUAUUUAGAGUUAACAGAAGAGGAGAAAGAAAAGCUUAAGGGUUGUCAUAAGAUAUCAAAAAAGCUGGAGAAACUAGAGGCUAUUGGGCAAGAUAAGGACAGUGAUUCUGAUGAUGAUGAUAAAGAAAAUGAAAUGCAGAGCUUAGAAUCAAACCCUUCUGACUCAAUGUCAUCUCCACACUCACAGCCUCCUAGCCUCACAGAAUCUAUGCAAUUGAUGGAUGAAAUAUUGUCAGAUGUAAAUAUGGACAGAGUAGAAAAAAUUAACCGUUUAGAGGCAAUUUUAUCAGCAGUCGCUCCCUUAAGCGGUGAGUUGGAAGAUAAAUUUUCUCAAACAAUGGAACAGACACUGCCACUGCUCAAGAAUAAAGAUUGGUCAAAUCUGAGCCAAAUUUUGAACUUAGGAGACGAAGGAAAGAAUUGUUGCUGCAAGUGUCAUAACUCUACUGACAAUAAAGUUGAGGAGAUCAAGAAGGCAGAAGUCGGAUCCCAGACCCUAAGCACAGGUGAUAUUGUGAUCACCAGAAUUCAUUUUAGAGAAGAGGACAAAUUGAACGAAAGGACAAUAGACGCCACGCCCUUCAGUAAGAGAGUAGGUAUCAACAUGUCUUGA